AUGGCCUGCAGGUCGCGGACCUCUGCAGUCAUUAACGGCACCUCGCCCGGGCCGCCGCUACGCAUCACGCCUGAUCAGACGACAUGGGUGCGAGUAUACAACGACAUGGAGAAUGAGAACUUGACAAUGCAUUGGCAUGGCUUAUCACAAUCCAUCGCCCCUUUCAGCGAUGGCACCCCACUCGUCAGUCAAUGGCCAAUACCGCCGCAACAUUUCUUCGACUACGAAUUACAUCCUAACAAGACCGAAUCGGGAACUUACUUCUACCAUUCCCACGUAGGUUUCCAGACAGUAUCAGCCAUCGGGCCCCUCAUCAUUGAAGACGUCGACGGAUGUCCGUACGAAUACGACGAGGAGCGCAUCAUCCAGAUCACCGAAUACUUCAACAAGUCCGACGACGCAAUCGUAGAGGGACUCCUGGUAUCUCCAUUCGUUUGGUCAGGCGAGGCAAUGGCCAUCUUGGUCAAUGGCAACAGCGCCGAAGCAAAGAGUGAAGCUACCGAGGACGACGCCGGGCUCGAAGGCCAAUGCGGCCCAGAGCUCAUUCGUGUCGAACCAGGAAAGACGUAUCGCUUUCGAAACAUUGCCGCGGCCGCACUCUCGGCCAUGACCUACGGCAUUGAAGACCACGACAACUUGACCAUAAUCGAAGCAGACGGCAGAUACACCAAACCCGCCACCACCGACCACCUCGAACUCGGCUCCGGCAUGCGCUUCGACUAUCUUCUCACCACCAAGACCGAAUCCGAGCUCACAACCCUCAACAAACACAACUUCUGGAUACAAAUCGAGAUCCGUGACCGUCCCGUCAACUACACCUCAUACGCCUGCCUCAGCUACGACGGCCAAGGCUGCGGUGCCGUCCCCUCCCAAAACUCCCCCAUCAUCACCCUCCCCCACGGCACCUCCUGGCUCGAAUACACGCUCGAACCCCUCUCCCCCAACAACUUCCCCACCCUCUCCGACGUAACGCGCCAAGUGACCAUCGUGACCGAACAAGUCAACAUCUCAGGCGCCCUGGUAUGGCACUUCAACGGGCAGCGCCUCGACGUCGACCACCCACGCCCGACCCCCUACCUCGUCGACAUCUACCGCCAAGGCGCCGCGGCCAUCCCCUCCCCCGCCCUCACCGCGACCAACAAUUCCUUCUCCUCCGCCUUCAACGCCUACGCCGCCUCCCUCGGCGACGUCAUCGACAUCGUCUGGCUGCAACGCCCCAACAUCCCUGCGGGCGGCUUCGACUCGCACCCUUUACACGCGCACGGCGGGCAUUUCUACGACUUGGGCUCCGGCCCCGGAUCCUACGACGCCGAGGCCAAUGAGCGGCGUUUUCAGCACUAUACGCCGGUGCUGCGCGACACGACGUUUUUGUACCGAUACACGACGGAUGCGGACACGGCGGAGGGCGUGGAUCAGGGGUGGCGGGCGUGGCGCGUCAGGGUGGAGGAUCCGGGCGUGUGGUUGCUCCAUUGCCACACGCUGCAGCAUAUGAUUAUGGGCAUGCAGACGGUGUGGGUGAUGGGGGACGCGGAGGAGAUCACCAGGGGGGAUGGGCUGGAGUUGCAGGGAUAUUUGGACUAUGGGGGCUCGGCGUAUGGGAGUGACGGAGAUGGUGGUGGGGGUGGUGGCAGUGGAGGGGGCGAGGGAAGCAGUGGAAAGAAGGCGCCCGUGGUCAAGCAUCAUUGGGAUGGGGUGGGGAAGAGCCAGAAUGAGCACGGGAAGGUGAAGUUAUGA